UUUAGGUCGUUUAGAACAAGGCUCCAUCGCUGGCAAAAUCUUGGAGCUAGGUUUCUAGCGCUAGCUUCUCUUGCGAUUCGCGAUUCCAAGCACGCCGUCGACUCUCCUCUUCCAUGGAUCCACACCCGCGCCAGGCAAACGCAGGCGAUUCCUCCACUCCAGCGCUCGCGAGGAAGCCCCCGGCUUGCGGCGGCGGUAGCAGCAGCGCGACGAAGAUCAAGAAGGGCCCGCGGCGGAGAGUGCUCGCGGAUCUCACCAACAGCGACUCGCCGAUCACUGGCCUCGCUCCUCGCUUCCCCGCGGCAGCGCCGCUGUGUGAUUGUUCUUCCCCUGGAACGCCAGGAACGCCGGGGACGCCAGGCGCUGGCGAGGAUCUCUUGAGGUCUCAGGUAACUCUCCUCCUCCAGCAAGUCCAGUGCGAUGCGCCGAAAGGCCCUCUCUUUGGAUUCCAUCGCCUUGGCUGCCUUUCGCCCGGAAUGCUCGUUGGCCCGACUCCGGCCAACACUCCAGCGGUGGUGGCGGCGACGCAACCAUCCACGCCAGUGACUGCCGGGAUGCCAUCGUCGAGGCUGGGAUUGCCCAGCGGGGGACUUCGUGCUCUUGGGUCUCCACCGGAGAAGGAUGGAGCGAUCGAGGAAGGAAGGAUCCAGCGAACAAUCUCCGAGAUCAGCAAGAUCACAAUCGCAGAGACGGUGGUUUCCGAGAGGCACCUCAGCCUGGCCGAUCGAUUCAUCACCAGGUCCCUCAACUUCGAUUCGCUGCUGGACGAUGCCUUGUCAUCUGACAACGUUGCUGGAGACGCUGAUACCGCUUCCCAGAGGACCAGAGAGUUUACUCCACGCAAAUAAAACUCGCAUUCUUUGCAAUCGAAUCGAAUUCUAUCCAUGGCUUUCUGCAUCCACGGCGCACACUGAGCCAAAGCCCGAGAACUGCUGGCCGGAAUAGCGACCACUAGUCGGAUAAACGAAAGAAUCGCCAUCGCUAAAGCUUAUAACCAUAGAACCAGUGAAGUUAGUGAGUGUGAUACCUCUUCCCAGAUACAAGGAGAUUGGGCCCAUGCAAAUAUCCCAUCCUCUCGUCCAGACCAAGGUCGUGCUCUUUCGAUCCUGGAGCGAGGACGUAAUCGUGUCCGUCCAAGUCCAGUACGGGAUCCCGUCAAGCGAGGACAUCCUCACCGUUGGAAUA